AUGGUACUCAGUUCAGUUUGUAAUCAACGAGGUAUACAACACAUAAGGACAGAACCUUAUCAUCCACAAAGCAAUGGACAAGCAGAACGUUUCGUCGAUAUAAUUAAAACUGCAAUUAAAAAUGCAUAUGAAAAUGAUUCAAAGGAUAACAAAUAUCUUCAGGAAUUUUUAUUACAAUAUCGUUCGACUCCUAAUUCAAAUUGUGUGGAAGGGAAAACUCCCUCGGAACUAUUCAUUGGUCGAAAACUUCGUACGGAAAUCGAUCUCAUAAAACCACAAGUUUCUCCUAAAGUUACACGUAACACAAAAAUGAAAGCACAAUAUAACAGAAAACGGCGCAGGUCAUCGUGA